AUGGAUGUUUAUGAUCCUGCCUGUCCAACAGAGGAUGAUGUGCCAUUUGAAGAAAUAGACCUUUCUCAGGUGCCUUUGCCUCCCACGCUGCCACUGCAAGGUGAUGUUCCUAGUAGAGAGACCAGCUCACUGCCUUCUGAGUUAGAGAGAGAGGAUAAAAGGAAAGGAAGGAAAAAGAAGAGAAAGAACAGAAAUGAUCGAUCACAGCCUGAGGAAGCUGAAGCUGAGGAUAAAGAGAAUGAGGAAACCAGUGACCAGUGCCCUGUCCUUGAGCCGGCUGAGCCAGUGUUCAGUGAUG